GCUACUUAGUAGAAUUAUUCUAGAACUAGAUUUAGGUGAUAUAAGAUAUUUUAAACUCAUAUUAAUUUUGCAUGUCAAUCUACAGCAUGUCUAGUCUAGUCUAAAGUAGUAAUUAGAUAUAUUCAGGCAGGUCUAGUCUACGUUUAUUGAUCGAUAUAAUAUUAUCUAGAUCUAUCGUUUUUUAGCUGAACCACGAAAAAGAAAACAAUAACAAACUGUAUUUUGAGUCUCUUUCAUAGGAUAUACGAUAGAUCAAGACUUUAUCUAGAUCAAGAUUCAAAGAUUGAUAUAUCUAUAUGAAUUUCUAAAUCUAGAGACGAAGAGAUGAGUACUUAGUGACUUAGAUCUAUACUCUAAAACAUAUUCAAAUUAUCAUUAUGGCAACUGUGUCUGAAUUCAGGGAAUAUUUUGUACGGUCAUGGAAUGCAAUGUAUUACGUUACAUCUCUUCAAAAGUGGAGUAAUGGGCAGCUUUGCUUAUCACCCAAUUUAAUACACUUUAAAUCCAAUGAUUUAGAGAUUUCAAGUACUGGAGAAAACCCUAUUGAAUUAUAUUUAAACGUAUCACAAAUUUCAAGCAUUUGUAAAGUGAUGUCUUCUUUUGUAUUUCCAGCUAUAAAAAUUACACAAAUAAAUGGAGAAUGGCAUUGGUUCUCAUCUUUCGAAAAUAGAAAUGAAGUGUUUUUGUUAAUAAAUCACUUCUUUCAAAAGAGAGCUUGUCAAAAUGUACUGUCUUCAUCUUCCUCUCUUUCCUCCUCAACAUUACUUCCUUAUGAUCAUCAAAGAACAAAAAUGGGUACAGAGCUGCUUCAAAGUGUUUAUGAUUCGCAAGCAACUCUGCAAAAGGGAGCAGUUAGUCUUGUAGAGCAAGGACAUCAACUGAGAAAUGCUGCUGUUAAAAUGGAAGAAAUCCAUGAAGACCUAACUGUUGCUGAACGAAUUACAAAAGGUAUAAAUUCUUGGCUAGGUAGGUGGAAAUUGCCACCCACAGUCAAAGCAGAUGAACUGAUUCUUGUGAGAGACAAUGACAUUCCAGAUGUUUGGGAUAUUGAAGCAUUGUGCUCAAAGAUAAUUGGCUGUAGGCAUGAAAAUCAGAAUAUUAAUGUAUUCAGGAUAUCAGGAGAUGGUCUAUCAAUUAUUGAUAUGAAACAAAAGCUUCUUCAUCACUUUAAAUUGUCAGACAUCUCAUGCAUUAAAGUUGUGAGUCCAUGGGAAAUUUUUGUAACUCAGUCAUUUAUUGGUCAACCUGAUCUGAGUUUCAAUGUGAUUAGCUCAUCGCUUCCCUCAUUGCUACCUAAACUUGAACAAUAUUUCAAAAGGAAAAUCGAAUACAUGAAUCCCCCAGAUUCUCACCAAACUCGACACUUUGAACCACAUUGGGAUAAGCCUGUUGUCAAGUCAUUAAAGUCUAAGUCCACACCCAAGUCAUUAUCUGAUAAUGUGAAUGAUCGUGAACAGCUUGUGGUUUCAACUGAGAAGCAGAAAAGUAUCAUCUCUGAUGCUGAAAUCUCUGAGUUGACAUCCACUCUAGCCAAUCUGAAAUCUCUUGCUCUGGACAUUCAGGUGGAGCAAACAGAGCAGCUAACUGUUAUUGAUAGCCUGACUCAGUCUGUCACUAAAGCUAACGACAGGAUUCAAUCAGUCAACAAAGUCAUCAAUAAAAAUAAUAAAUAAUUUCAAUAUCUUACAAUUCUUUUGAGAAUAAUAAAAUCACAAUGGCUAUCUUUAUUAUUUGUGAAUUAUUGAAUGGGAACUGUGCAUAGUUCUUAAUAAGUCACAAUAUGAGGUAAUUACUGUAAUCCUGCAUUUCCUGAUGGAUUUUGUUUUUACUCUAACUUACAAUUUUUGAAAUGUGCUUAUCAAGUGCUUAAUGUAUUUAAACUGCAUUAAGUGGAUUAAAAAAGAAAUAACAAUGUCAUUAAGGUGGAUUUUCAUGCUUUGAUUACUAUUCUGUGAUAUAUUUUCCUGUAUGUUGUACAUAGAUUUGUAACAGUUCUUGUUACAGUUCAUUAAAUUUUGCAUUAUCCAAAACUAUUCAAUGGAUGUGCUUGACUUUUACUUGUUUUGAAGUACCAGUACUUUUUAUACUGAAAUUUGCUCAUUAUAUGUGGUUCUGUAUCAUUUUAUGUAGUCAUAUGUAAUGAAAUUUAGUGUUCCAAUGAUUGUUUUAUAAAUGCUACUUUCUUGGUUUUACUUUUUUUUCCUGCUGAGCUGUAGCCUCGUCAGUCUUCCACAGAAAAUAGUAAACUACAUUUCUCUGGGAAUAUCCUGAAACGGUUUCUCAUGGCAAAAUACUGUUACUGUCGCAUGCUCCACUGGGGCCAAAAGGAUUAGAUCAGUCAAAUUUCUCAGGGGCUUUCCAUAAUGGUUUAAUAAUGUGAAAUGGGUCAGCAGUGGAGGGGAACGUGUAGAUUUAUGAUCUUUAAAGUCUUUCAAAAGAAAAUUUUUCGUUAUGUGAUUUGAUAUUGAAAUAUAACCUGCUGUAUGAGUUUGUCCCAGUUCUUGAUGAAUAGCAUAGCAUGUAAUGAUAAGUAGACAUGUAACAUGUAAUGAUAAGUAAACAUGUAACAUGUAAUGAUAAGUAGACUUAUUCAAGAAGUAAUCAAAUGUAUUAUUUAUAAUAGUUUUCAAUUACCCUAAGAUUAUUUAGUCAA